AUGGAGAGCUCUAUUCGGGGCUCCCUGGGCAGCUGCGCUUCGGCCGCUUCGGUUGGAGACUCCAUCCUGAAGCAGCUCGCGGGUCUGGAGCAGUCGCUCUCCUCCAACCUCACCGGGCUUCGGCAGAUCCGUGCCACUGUUGCCGCGAUGGAAGGGAAGCCGGAGAGUCAGAGUCAGGCAGCGACUCCGGCGACUCCGGCAGCUGCCGCUGCAAAAGCGGUGUGCGAGGGCGACAGACAGGAGCAAAGGAGCACGCUUCUCGAGACGAAGUGGAGCCAGGCUCAGUGCGAGCACUGGGCGGCUUGGACGGAGUCUCACGUCUGGGAAGGAAAGAUACCUGGCGAACUUAGCAAUGAAUGUCUGCUUCCCGAGUCGUGUCCUCCCCGCAAGCGCGCGGUGACCUUCACCGCGAUAUCGCCGAUGCAAGAGCAAGAGACGAAUCGGGCACGGGAUCGGCACACCUUGGCGACGCACCGACUGUCGGUAUUGAAUGCCAUCUCAGAAGCAAAGUCUGUCCCUGCACCACUGGAGCCAAGCAAGAAAAGCGUCUUUUUCGAUGCCAGCACGCUCAAGAAAAAACUCAAGGAAGACUUGUGCAAGGAGACAUACAACGUCAGUGACUACUAUCGCAAUGAAGGUUUUUGUCAGCGGGUCGCCAGGAGUCGUGUCUUCGAGCUCAUCACCUUUGUUAUUUUGGCGAGCAAUGCCAUUUGGACAGGCGUUGAGAUCGAAGUCAAUGACGCACCGAUCAUCUUACAAGCGCAUGCUGCCGUCAUUCUGAUCGAGAGCUUCUUUGUGCUUUAUUUUACGCUUGAAAUUGGACUGCGUUUUGGUGCGUUCAAGAGGACAUGCGAUGCCUGUCGCGAUGGCUGGUUUGCCUUCGACACGGUGCUUGUCAUUCUGAUGUGGUUCGAGACCUGGUUGCUGUCCCUUGUCCAGAUCUUCUUCGGUGAUAUCUUGAACUCCUCGAGCUUCCGUCUGAUUCGGCUGCUUCGCCUCACGCGGAUGGCAAGGAUGGCUCGACUUCUCCGAAGCGUGCCGGAGCUCUUGAUCAUUGUCAGAGCUAUCGCCAUUGCCUUGCGAUCGGUGUUUUUCUUGAUGGUUCUUCUCUUCGGCCUGGUUUACGUUUUCGCUCUCCUCUUCAGCCAGCUCUUCGACGGCAAGAACCAGCCACCGGGAACUCUGGCGCACAAGAGCUUCGGAAGCUUGCCACAGGCGAUGAACACGCUCCUCAUGGCCGGGGCGCUCCCGGACCAGUCUUCCCUGGUCGAAGACGCCGGCGCCUUUCACUUCCUGCUGUAUCCUCUGAUGCUCCUCUACAUGCUCCUGGCCUCACUCACCGUCAUGAACAUGCUUGUCGGGAUUCUCUGCGAAGUCGUGAGCGUGGUGUCAGCCGUCGAAAAGGAAGAGAUCUUGCUAAAGUCCGUGAAGACCCACCUGAAGCAGCUGUUGCUGGAUGCCGAGGCAGACGAGGACGGCGAUGGCAGCAUCUCCCGACGAGAGUUCGACAAGAUGCUCACAAAUCCCACGUGUGUCCGAACUCUGAAUGAAGUUGGGGUCGACGUCUUUGCCUUGGUGGACUUGGCCGAUUUCAUCUUUGAGCAGAAGGAUCACCUAGACUUUGCGGCAUUCAUGGAUGCUGUUCUGCAGCUAAGAGGAAGCAACACUGCGACCGUAAAGGACAUUGUAGAUCUGCAGAAGCUCAUCGUGAAUCAUUUCAAACUGAUGGAAGACGUAAUUGCUGAGCUUGCCGGCAAAAGCUCUGGCGACAAUCUGAAUUCGUACCUGCAAACAGAAGCAUCCGAGAUGCUGAUGCAUGGGGUUGCGGUGGCCGUUCGGAAGCUAGUGAUUCGUUCCAUCGCUGCACAAGCCGCCCUCGUUAGUGACCAGAGUACGAGGCUGGCGGGUCGGCUUGUGUUGGCGGUGCGAAGGAGCAACAACAGCUCGGAGGACGCCGGAGAUCGCCGCGGCCUGGAAUUUCGAGUGCACGCUGUCCAAGGCCUGCCUCCGGCUUGCAAGAGCGAGAUCCGAGUGGCGCGGGAGACCAACGUUGGCAAGCUGGCCGGAGCUAUCGCCCAGAGGAUCCGGGAAGAUGGGGUGGCCCUGGUGCGUGGCGCAGGCGCUGUGGCUCUGAAGCACCAGCUUCAGGCCGUCGCUAUCGCGUCCGGCUACCUGGAAGAAAGGGAUGAACUCGGUGGCCAUGAAUUGGUGGCUCUGCCACGAUACGAGGACCUGGUGGAUCCUUCGGGCGGACGUGGGCAGAUGUGGACGGAGUUUGCACUGACAGUCUACAGGCUUCCAGUCUCCUAG